GGCAGCGGAUUACAAACUCCAGUUAAGUGGCGCGCCGCCCUCCACAUCCCCAUUUUUCACCCGGAGUAAACCCACGGAGAGCAUCCACACCGUGAGCAUCCCGUGGGAAUUGCAUUUCUGCUGUGUUGCGCUGUCUCCGCAGUGGCCCGCGAACACACACACAGACAACAGUGCGGAGCAGAAGAUGGGUUCGGAGGUGCUGAGGUGUGCGUGACUGUCACGUAAACGACAGAGAAGUUCAGCUCCGCUCGGCUCUUUGCACCAGGUUGCUGAGAGUGUGAUCCUGUAUCCAGCAUGAGCAACAUCUACGAGUCCGCCGAGGCCACGCUGGGCUUCAUCAGCUCGCCGUGUCUGACCAAAGUGGAGCUGAGAGUGGCCUGCCGGGGAAUCUCAGACCGAGACGCCCUGUCUAAACCGGAUCCCUGCGUGGUGCUUAAAAUGCAGUCACACGGCCAGUGGUUUGAGGUGGACCGCACAGAGGUGAUUCGGAGCAGCAGUGGUCCGGUCUUCUCCAAGAUCUUCCUGGUGGAUUACUACUUUGAGGAGGUUCAACGGUUGCGAUUUGAGCUCCAUGACAUCAGCUCCGGUAACAAUGGCCUUCGCGACGCUGACUUCCUGGGAUCCAUGGAGUGCACCCUGGGACAGAUCGUCUCUCAGAGGAAGCUGACCAAAUCUCUGCUCAAACAAGGCAACACCGCUGGAAAGUCUUCCAUAGCGGUGACAGCAGAGGAGUUGUCUGGCAAUGACGAUUACGUUGAACUCUCCUUCAGCGCUCGUAAACUCGACGACAAGGAUUUCUUCAGCAAGUCAGACCCUUUCCUGGAGAUUUUUAGAAUAAACAAUGAUGGCACGGAGUCACUAGUGCACCGGACGGAGACGGUAAUGAACAACCUGAGCCCGGUGUGGAAAUCUUUCAAAGUUUCGCUGAACACACUCUGUAGUGGAGACCAUGAACGGGAGCUGAAGUGCACUGUUUGGGACUGGGACUCAAAUGGAAAACACGACUUCAUUGGAGAAUUUCAGACGACCUUCAAAGAGCUGAGGACGGAGCAGGAAGGAAAACAGAUUCAGUGGGAGUGCAUCAAUCCAAAAUACCAAAUAAAAAAGAAAAACUACAGGAAUUCCGGGGUGGUCAUUCUCAAUCACUGCAAGAUCAUUAAAAUGUACUCCUUCUUGGAUUACAUCAUGGGAGGCUGUCAGAUUCAGUUCACAGUGGCAAUAGACUUCACAGCGUCCAACGGGGAUCCGAGAAACAGUUGCUCCCUCCAUUACAUCCACCCCUACCAGCCGAACGAGUACCUGAAAGCUCUGGUGGCUGUCGGAGAGAUCUGUCAAGACUACGACAGCGACAAAAUGUUCCCCGCCUUUGGCUUUGGAGCUUUAAUACCACCUGACUUUAAGGUUUCCCAUGAUUUUGCCGUGAACUUUGAUGAGGACAAUCCUGAAUGUGCUGGUAUUCAAGGUGUGGUGGAAGCGUACCAAAAUUGCCUCCCGAAAAUUCAGCUUUACGGGCCCACCAAUAUCGCCCCCAUCAUUCAGAAAGUGGCCUCAUCUGCCUCGGAGGAGAUGCACACCAAAGAGGCCAUGGAAUACUUCAUCUUGCUGAUCCUGACGGACGGCGUCAUCACCGACAUGGCAGACACGCGCGAAGCCAUCGUGCACGCCUCGCACCUUCCCAUGUCGGUCAUCAUCGUCGGGGUUGGAAACGCAGACUUCACCGACAUGCAGAUUCUGGAUGGAGAUGACGGAAUCCUGCGUUCACCCAAGGGGGAGCCGGUGCUCCGAGACAUCGUGCAGUUCGUCCCCUUCAAGGACUUCAAGCAUGCGUCCCCGGCUGCACUGGCUAAGAGUGUUUUGGCAGAGGUUCCCAACCAAGUGGUGGAUUACUACAACGCAAAAGGCAUCAAACCCAAGUGCAUGUCGGACUUUGAGUCCACAAGAACCUUCAGCCCCUGACAAAAGGAUCGGAACCUUGACACAAGAAGACACUCAGUCAUGCAUACAGUAGUCUAGCUGAGAGGAUUAGCUUGUUCUGGUGAAACUAUUUGAACUGUCGAUGACUAUUGCAUGCUUGGCCACAAAGGCAAUAUUUGGGAAUUAUUACUCUCUAAUGUAUAUUUGAAACUCGUUUAUAGAAACUAAGAGCAGUCUCCCGAUGAAGCAUGCAGACUCAUAGCCAACCCGAGGAAAUGACACUCUUACCUUAUUUAGAUAACUAGCAAGUACAUGGAAUAUGAGUAUGCUGGACUGUAUAACCUCGAGAACCUUAGAAUGUGCUCCUCAAAUCAUAGUCUUUCUGAAAAUCUCAAGGACAAAUUCAAAUUGGACACCCAACUUUUUUUCUUUAAAUCAGAGUUACUGCUUUUAUUGGUUAGGCUUGCUUGACGCUUUUACCAGGUUUUGUGUGUGUUGGGUUUCUUUUCAGUUUUAAGGAAUAAGGAGAGCAUUCAGACUGUUAACCAACCGUGAACAGGUUCUGCUGAGUGGCAAGUAGAGUCAAGAUAUUUUACCGUCGCGAUGAUCAUGACUUUUCAUUUUCCAGAAGGAGUUUUUCAUACUUUUGAUGGCCAAUUUCCAAACAAAUCAGCUCUACAGUUUGAUGUUUGCUUUGUAUAUUGCGUUCAGUUCUCUCAAGCCAGUGAUCUGCUUAUUGUUUUGAUGUAUUACAUUUUGAUACCCUGAACUUAACAUGCUGUGGACUGAUCCGAUAUGUGCAUUAUACACAGAAAUCUUUGGGGCUAAAGUGUUUUUCUUGAUGACAUACUCACCAGCGAUGCUGUUUCAUCUGAGACCAUCUAAAGUACUUUGAAUUUUUAUCCCCUUAUAAACAUGCCUGUGAAUGAAGUUCAAGAAAGUUCAGUUUGACUUUGACGUUUGUUUUUCCCCAGUUCUCUGGUCUGAAAUAACAAUAAGGUGUUCACUGUUUCUAUUAAAUGUCAAGAUUGUUUGACCAACCCGUGUGCCUAAAGCCUUGUCUUCAGAGCGACAAAAAGUGAAAUUGCUGUGUUUAAUUUCCCAUCCAAAAUUGAUAAAAAAGCUCAUUUGAGAGCAGAACAUUGUUGUUUAAUCAUGGCUAACAAAGAGAUGAUGAAUUUAAGGUCUUGAAAUAAAUAACUGUGCCUGGAACUAAUAAUAAAAAUGACCAAACACAUCCCGAAGCGCUUUCGCCUUAUCAAAUUUUGAAUGAAAUCAUCGCUCAUAACAAGUCAACAAUAGUUCCAAACUCAUGUACAAAAUGCCACCUAUCAGCACGAAUUAUAACUUGCUAAACAGUAUACUGCAUAACAAAUAGCACACAAAUGUCCAACAGCCAUUGGUGUCAUUGAAGGCACCAUGUUGAAGUAUGUUUUUAAAGCACAUUCUUAGCAGGGCUGCUGCAGAGGUUCAACUCUUACCACAUCGAGACAUGGGCAGUUUAUGAAUUUUUACAGUAGAGGCUUUUUUUUUUCUUUUGGAGUCCUUUAGCACAGAAUGUACAAAUUAAUUCUGUGUUCAUGAAAGGACUUUUGUGUUUUCUGCUUUUUCUCUCCAAGACUAAACCCUAGCAUGGUUAUGUUAUAUUUGAUAGUCCCAUUUUUCAGCCGCUUGCUAGCUACAAAAUAAAGUAUCUCUGUCAUCUGCGCAACAGGGUGGUUGAAUUUGUUGUUUUCUACCAAUUUAUUUGACUUUUUUUCCAUGAUGAAUAAACAAACAAUUGUAAUAAUUUCUUAAUACUCUUCUUACAUUGUAAAGAUUUUCUGGAAAGAUAGUUGUGGUAGGAUAGACUCUUGUCAGUACGAUGAAACGGUUGUUUUAUUCCUCCUUGUAAUCUGCAUGUCAAUUAUAAUAAAGAC